UCGAUGAAAAUAAUUUUGUUUUCAAAAUGUUUGCUUUUAGACAAAAUCGCCUUCCGAACCAUAUUGCAAGUUUUAGUCGUAAUUUAUGCUGGGUUGUGAUAGGCACCUUGUUUUGGCACUAAAAUAAAAAUAAAUUAAAACCAGUUCUUAUGCUAAUACUUCAAACAACAGCUCGUCUGCUGCAUAAUUGUAUGCGCUUUAUAGAGAGAUUGUAAUUUUCUGAGGGUUUGCAAGAGGUUAAUAUUUCCAGUUGAGAGUAAGCUCCAGGAAUAUGAAUCAGUUCAGUGUUUACGUGAGCACGCAUUAACUCAAACAGCACUUGACACAAAAACAAGUCCACGAUUCGGCGCCAAAAAAUUGCCUACUACUUCGGAUGUGGUUUUGCUUGAAUUGCAGCUAAAUUAAGUUAUCUGAAGCCAACAGCAAGGUUGAGUAUGAUCAGAAAAAGAGAUGGAAAUGGUACUCGGAGAUUUUUCAAGAACACAAAAUCGCUUUGAAGCAGACAAAUAUUUGUUUAAUAAGCGGUCCAAGAGUCUUGUACUUCAUUUUAAAAAAUGGAAGACAGCCGAGCGAGGAAAAUAUACAGAGCACUUCAGUCCAAACAACUGGAAAAAGCUCACAGAACAUGAAAAAAGGCAUGCUGUUCACAAUGCAAGGCCUGUGAUGUUCAUCAUUUCUCCUUCCAAUCUUUACUUCCCCUGUGGGGUAAUAAAUCAAACUCUGUUACAAAUCAAGAUAUUUACAAAAAAGUCCACAGUUGAGUCCUUAAAGAAUCAUCUGCUGGAAACGUAAAGGUCACAAAAAAGGCUCUUAAAGCUGCCACGAAGGAAGUGUAUGAAAAAAUUAAUACUUCAUUCAAAAAGACAUUUGGGGUAACUUUUGCUGUUGCACAAACCAGUGUUCCUGAGCUAAAUGUCCAAGUGAAAAAGUCCCAUGCUGACUUGAAACGAGAAAAGAGAAAUAAAUCCAGAGCUGACAAGAAACAUAUCCAGGAGCAAUGGGCAACGAUGGACUGUGACACCAUGCUUGCCACUAGGCAGACGUACAGCCAACGGCAGCAACAGCAGUCGUUACUUUCCUUUGAAACCAGAGAAGAUGCUGGAAACAGAGCAAACAAAAGAGCACUUCUGGAAGAACAAGGCCAGCAUAAGAAAAGGCACUCCCCAAAGCCAGGUAGUCUUGAUUUUGACAAGGAUGGGCUCCUAGAAGAAGUAAAUGCAAUGAAAGAUGGAGAAAGUAUAUGCAAGUAACUUACUUCAGAUACAGUAUUCCCUCAAAUAAUGUGGCCAUCUUUCAAAUAUCACAUAAUUAUUCCUCAGAUCAUGUGUACUUAAGGCAUCCGUGGUCGAGUGUCUAUCUGUAACCUCCAACGACCCUGGAUCAACAAUCCAUUGACACUCUAUCAACACUCCAUCGACACUUUGGUUGACACACAAUCAUCACUCCAUCAACAUCUCAGUCAACAGUCGGUUGACCAUCGACUAAUUUUUGACCGAUGCAAGUGAGUCUGUCAAUUAACACUCAACUGUCUGUCGACCAACUGUUGAUCAAGUGUCGAUUGAGUGUCGACCAAGUAUCGAUCUGGAUGUUGAUCAGGUAUUGAUUGAAAUGUCGAUUGAGGGUAAUGAUCAACAAUCAAACGCAGAUGCCUUUAGUGCACAUGAUUCUAUUCUUCUUAAAUAACGAUUCCCUAACCCCCCAACAUAAAUUCUCCACAAAUAAAUAAAUGAAUUCAUACAAUAAUGAAAUUAACACAUAGAUUAGCUUCUGAAUGUGUACCAUUCUUAGAAAACAUGAACUUACUGCUUCCAUGUUAUUGUUUUCUAAAAGCAAAAGUUCUGGAAAAAAGUCAUUUGCAGCCCUAAUGUGGAUUAAAAUUUCCUUUUAUAGAUCAAUUUCUCUAGCCUUGCUCGUAAAUAUGGCCUCAUUGAAAAAAACAAAACUGGAAAUAUGGUUGUCAAAGAGUUUCUUAAAGAUAAAGGAGUGCAGUUAUCCAGAUUCGAUAACUUCAGAAACGGAAAGCCAGCUGCCGGACGAGGAUUAAGACGAUUGCAGGGUGGAGAGAUUACAGUCCCAAACCAACAGAUGAACAAAGAGAUCAGGGAAACCUUAAUGGUAAGUUGGGCAAUAAACUCAAACAAAAGGAACUAUUCAAACAUAUCUGGCUGGAAGAUUCCUCUUCUUGAUAUCAGAAAGAGUAUGCUGAAACAACAGGAGUCAAUGGGUUUGAUGCGAAUUCGAAGUGACAGUAGCUAUGACUUGAUGACAGAAGGUGAAAUUAGUUCCAGGCUCAAGCAGUUGGGCAAGGACAAAGGAGAAGAAAGCAUUUCAAAGAGGAAAGAAAAGCUGAACAAAAUAGAACUCAAAAGGCCCCUUACGGUCUGGCGUGACAACUCCACUCUUACUUCAUGUGUGCACAUUGGGAGGUGUGGGUCAUCUGAGGUCGAGCAGCUUGCAUGUAUCAACACCAGAAAGGCUUGUCUGCAAACCCCAGAUGCAACAGUAACCACCUUGAAUGGCAUACAGAUCACUGAUGUGAUGAGGCUUUUCCAUGGUGAUGGCCCACAACAAGAAUUUGAGGCUGGAGAACAGAAAGGUGGAAAUGCUGGAUGUGCCAGUUGCAGUGGUGAUGCCAGACUGUACAAAAAUCUUGCAGUUUCUCUCAGCAGACCACACUUGAGCCUCCCAGAAUGCCUAAAGAAAGUUCUGCAAGGACAUGUUGGCCGACAAAAGAGAAAUGGUGGCAUAAAACCCUUUAAAGACCUUCGUGUAGAAGAGCUGAGGAGGGAGUGUGCUGCUCAUGGGCUACCAUGUGACGGUCAGAAGAAAGAUCUGCAACAAAUUCUGAAGGAGGAGCUUGCUGGGAUACAACAAGUGCCUGCCAUGAUGUUCUUUGACCAAGCAAAGAAAAUGGCACACCUUGGUUUGGGUGAGAAUAAUACCUAUUAUUAUGUACCAGAUUACUAUUCAAUUUUAUGUGUGUACAUGUGCAUACAGACAUACAUGCCUCACGCAAUAAAAUACCCAAGGUUCUGGUCAAAACUGAGAACAAACCUAUGUGAAGAAGUGACAGACAGAAAAGUCUGCAUUUCGAAGAAGGUGGUAAGAACUGAAACUAGCAGUUGUAGUAAGCAAAAACCAGAUAGGGCAGCCACGCAUAAUCUUAUCCAUAUAUUUUAAACAGGAAAUUAUGAAGUCCUAACAAUAGAGCCUCUCCAUGACAUUAAAGAACAUAUAGCCAAUGUCCUGACCAAGUUGCCUUCUAACCUUGAAAAAGAAGAAAAUGGAUUUGACGAGAUCCUAGAAUGUACGUUAGGUAGAAAGGAGAAACUCAGAGGUUGUGAUUACAGACUUGCAGCUGUUAUAGUUGCUCAGUAUUUAAGAGGUA